ACAAUAAUUUAAUAAUUAUCCAGUAUAAAUGUAGGCUAUGCCACUAUGUGGAUGAAUUAUUCUACUAUUAAUUUGUCUAUUAGUUAUCUGCAAACGUUUGUAUGCUUUUUGGACUACUAUGCCCACAACCUCUUGCGCCAAAGAAAAGGAGGAGGGGUUUGCGAUAUACGAGGGGUUGCGGAAAUAAACGAGUCGGGAUUCGUUUCUGAAAAUGCUACGAUUAUCGUCGACUUGAACGUGAUUAAACCGCCUAUCCAAAUGAGCAGGGAAAACUUCAGGGGCAACGGUUGAAAUCUACGUGAUAUACAUUUGUAAAUAUGGAUUUUAUUAAAGUGGAGAUUGUGGACAUUAGUGAUCCAGAAACAUGGAGAAUAACGAAUGAACAUGCUGAGGAACAAAGAGACCUGAUGGAAGUGAAGGAGGAACGUCAAGAACUGAAUGAUGUGGAGGAUGAACAUCAGUAUCAAAAACCUUAUAAUAUCACUACUGGAGAAAAAUAUUUUAGUUGCUCACAGACUGACAAGAAUGCUUCUGAAAAAAUGACAAAAAUGGGAACCAAAAAUUCUUUCACCUGCCCUCAGUGUGGCAAGAAUUUCACACAUAAAGGAAACUUCAAUGAUCAUGUAAGAAUUCACACUGGAGAGAAGCCUUACACAUGCUCUCAGUGUGGGAAGAGUUUCACAUGUAGAGGACACCUGAAGACUCACAUGAGAGUUCACACUGGAGAGAGGCCUUUCACAUGCCUUCAAUGUGGAAAGAGUUUCACAUAUAAAGGACACCUUAAGGAUCACAUCAGAACACAUACUGGAGAGAAGCCUUUCUCAUGCGAUCUGUGUGGAAAGGGUUUCAUACAAAAAGGACACCUUAAGGAUCACAUAAGAAUUCACACUGCAGAUAAGCCUUACACAUGUGAUCAGUGUGGAAAGAGUUUUGCACAGAAAGGAAACCUGAAGAUUCACAUGCGAACUCACUCUGGAGAGAGGCCUUACACGUGCCUUCAGUGUGGCAAGAGAUUCACAAAUCAUGGAAACCUAUUAAGUCAUAUGAAAAUUCAUUUGGUUGAAGAAAUACACACCUGUUCUCAGUGUGGCAAGAGUUUCACUGGGGCAGCACAUCUCAAAAAGCACCUCCUUUAUCAUUCAGAAGAAAAGCCAUUUAACUGUGAACAGUGCGGUCAAACCUUUAUUUUUGCAUCACUCUUAAAAAGACAUCUGAGAACUCAUGCAAAUGAGAGGCCCUAUGUGUGCUCUUUUUGUGGCAAAUGUUUUCUAUGGCUCCACAAUUUAAAAGACCAUCAUAAAAUACAUGCCGGUGUGAAAGCUCACGUGUGCUUUGAGUGUGGGAAAGCCUUUACCAGAUCCAGUUAUUUGGAACAACAUCAAAACAUCCACACUGGAAUAUCACCUUACAAGUGUUCACAUUGUGGAAAGAGUUUCAAACUCCCAGGAUCCCUGAAAGCACAUGUUGUAAGAGUGCACACUGGAGAGAAACCGUACCCCUGCCUGACAUGUGGGAAGAGUUUCAGCCAUUCAGGACACCUGAAAGCACAUUUAAGAGUGCACACUGGAGAAAAGCCAUACCACUGUGCUUCAUGUGGAAAGAGUUUCAGCCAAUCAAGUUAUUUACUGACUCAUAAAAGAAAGCAUUGUCGGUAUCACAGUGAGCAAAGUUCAUCUUCAGGUCCAACACUCUCAUGUAAAUAGUGUCAUCAGGGUACCCAAACUGUAAAAUACUUGGCAAGGUCCAUUGUUCUCAAUCUACUGUUUAUCUGAUAUAUAAAAAGUUUUCCAAAAUACUACUGCAAUUUGGAGAAUUCUCAACAUCAAAACUAUUGCUCACAGUCACCAGUUUUCUGGUCAGAUCUUUGGAUUGCUGUUUUCAAUAAACUGAUGCAUCUGGGUUACAAACCCGUCUGUUGAGCCCAUUUCAUUGCAAACCAAACCUGACCUGAUGUUAUUUAUGUGUUGAUGCAUGUGGGGAGGCUGCCAAGUUUUGGGCCACGUCCACACUGAUACGUUUUCAUUUGAAAACGCAUCUUUUUCUCUAAGUUUUGGCCUUCCGUCCACACUUCACGUUGUAGUGUGGACUGGGAAACGGAGAUAUCUGAAAAUGAUGACGUAUUUGUUGUCAUGUGACGCAGUCAUGUGAUCCAUUCAACCAAAGCAAUCAAGAUGGCGGCAUGUGUUGUAGCGUUGUUGUUUAGCCUGAUUUUCACUUUGAUAGUGUUGUUAAAGAUAAAUGUUACUUUGUACAACAUACCCAUUGCAUUCCUUCAAAAGCGAUGGGAAGUUUACUCGGAAUUGGUGUCUGGCAACAGAACACCAGGACAAAUGCGUUUCAGAUUGUGAAAGCAGCGGCAAUAUUUUUGCAUGCACAGUAAGGGGCUUUAAGUGUUUUCAUAUGUUUCAGUGUGGAUGAGCAACUUUUGGAAAACGCUUGAAAAUGCCAGUGUGGAUUGAGAUCAUUUCAAAAACAAAAAUGUAUUGGGAUUAAUGUAUAUGUAGCCACAAUGGUGUACUGCUUUUAUGGAUUUAAAGAUAUCAAUAUUUGUAAAAUUGCAUGACCACCUUAUGUACUGUAGAGGUGUAAUAUUAAAUCACUGUCUUGCACAUAUUUAUAUUGAAGAGAUGUUGAUAACAUGGGAAUGGGAGGUGACCAUAAAUCACUGGGUAUCUAACCCUGUUCCUGUUGGGCUACCUUCCUGCAGAGUUUAGCUCCAAUCAGUGCGCAAAGUGGUUCUGUAUGCUGUAUGCCGGUAUGCUGUACUGGCAAUAAUGUGCAAAUGAUGUAACCACAUCGCAUUCGAGGUGUAAACACUAAUCCGUCCCGUAUGCAUCCCGGACAACACUGAAGCACCACCCCUCACCUGUCAAUCAACUGCUGUGCUAAAACAAAACAAGACACACAAUAUACAGUUUAUAUACGAUAUAAGGUACUUUUGCUGCAUGGUUUGUGAAGAGCAAUUAAUAAACCAGUAACAGCUCCAUGAUAGGGUUGCAGUUCUGUACAGUUGUUUUAACAAAAUUAAAAUAAAAAACAUGUUGCUCAUUUGGUACAUGUGUGCGAUUCUACUGACUGUAUCCAUGUCAAAGGAGAGGCUAUAGUAGGCAAUAUGAAGAGGGCGUAAUGAGGGCGUUGCCAUUUGAUUACCUUGAUUUGUACUGUACGGCACUAUUAUAGUCCAUCCAGUCCUCCAAUCCAAUUUCUUCCAUUUUGGUCUUAAUUUAAUUGAUCAGCACAGAAACCAUAACACUCAUAGGAUAGACAGUAUAUAACAUAAUGUCUUUCAAUAAAUACUGUCUUAAUAAUUAUAUUAAUGAAUUAAUAUAAUUGUCUUAUAUUAUUUAAGUAUUUCACGUAUACAAUUUGCCAAGUGAGCUAAUUUCAGGAAUGUAACAGAAUGUCUCCCUGACCAUUCAGAUAGCGCUUUCAUUGUCAAAAUAUAUUAGUCUAUAUUAGUCAUCCUAAACAUACUUUUUGGAGUGCAUUUCUCUGUCUCCAAAAGGUGAAUGAAAUGGCGAUAUCCAUGGGGCGGACGGGGACUAAAAAGUGGCCCUGGACUUUCUGAUCCAGAGCAGGUAUCUCAGUGGUAAAAAUGCUGGCUACCACCCCUGGAGUUUGAAUCUUAGGGCUUGCUGAGUGACUCCAGUCGGGUCUCCUAAGCAACCAAAUUAGCCUGGUUGCUAGGGAGGGUAGUGUUACGAUUCCCUGUUGUCUGCCCCGCGUUUCACGUCACUGUCAUGCACUACAUUUCCCAUAGUUCCCUGCCCUCACCACUGCCAGCAUUCACUCAUUGUUUUCACCUGAUUGUCGUUUGUGAUCAUCCUGUGUCUGUUUGUUCUCCACUCCUUGUCGAUCGUUGUACGUUGAUGAAUGUUUCUCACGUCUUUACUGUUUCGCUGUUUUUGAUGUUCCCAUGUUUACUCCGUUUCCCUUCCAGCUGUGUUCAUCCUGCCGUGUUUUCCCAGUUCCGUGUUCCUCCGAUGUGUUCGUGUUUUAGUUUCAGUUUUCCCCCGUGGAUGUUUCUUUUGUUCCUGCUUGUUAUUUUCACUUUGAUUUAAAAUAAAGAACCCGCAUUUAGAUCCCACUCCUUGUCUGCCCUCGUCUGCAUCAUAACAGGUAGAGUCACACAGUGUAAAAAAAAAAAUGCUAUUUGUAGGAAUAAAAUCUUGAAAGACUUUGUUUUCAAUCUGUAAAGACAUUUCCCCAAUUUGACCGGUCUCCUGUGUAAUCCCCCUACCCAAAUAUUGGAAAAUGAAAGUGGUUUGGUCCUCAAGUCCGCAGUCGCUGCAAACUGAUUACACCACAUGUAGGUCAUAAAUGAUGGCGUAAUCAGACUUAAAAUGAGCAAUGAGUCAAGUCAUUAUUAUUUGUAUAGCACCUUUCACAACACACAUCGUUUCAAAGCAGCUUUACAGAAGAUCAGCAUUAACAGACGAUAAAACUGUAAUGUCUAUAAUGUCGAUGAAUCAUCAUUGUGUAAUUAGAUAAAAUACGAUUGUUAAUCGUGUUUAAAAAUAAAUAAUUAAAUAAUAAUUUUAUUUAUAACCCCAGUGAGCAAGCUGAAAGUGACUGUGGCAAGGAACACAAAACUCCAUAAGAUGUGGAUUAAUGGAGAACUAAAGCAGCCUAAUUGUGGGUUGGAGGAUAAAUUAGGUGUAUGCCUGGCUAAAUAGAUGAGUCUUUAGUAUAGACUUAAACUGAGAGAGUGUGUCUGCAUCUCGAACAGUGUUUGGGAGACUAUUCCAUAGUUUAGGAGCCAAAUAUGAAAAGGAUCUACCUCCGUUUUUGGUUUUGGUAUUCUAGAAAAU